GGGGCGGGCGGAGCGAGCGGCGGGCGGAGCGAGUGGUGGGAGGCGCGCGAGCGGGCGGCGGGCAGCGUCUCCGCCGGCAUCUGCGCGGCCGCCUCUGCCCGGAGCCCGGGGACCGAGCGCCGGACCCGCUGCCUGGCGCACGGACGCGGGGCUCCCGCUUUGUGCUCCGUGCUGGUUCGACGAGCAUUCCCGGAGGCUGUGGCCACCGCGCCCCGGCGGCCUCGGAGGCCCGCGGCUGGAGGUGCCGGAUCCGCUCGGUCCGCGCGGCUGAGCCCCGCGUGCCCCAUUGCUCGCCGGGCUGCUCCGAGCCGCGGUGCUCCGGGGCUCCAAACUCGGGCUGGCGGGGCAAGUGUCUUCAUGAACCCAGAGGAUGUCCGGGAAGCACUACAAGGGUCCUGAAGUCAGUUGUUGCAUCAAAUACUUCAUUUUUGGCUUCAAUGUCAUAUUUUGGUUUUUGGGAAUAACGUUUCUUGGAAUUGGACUGUGGGCGUGGAAUGAAAAAGGUGUCCUCUCCAACAUCUCGUCCAUCACUGACCUUGGUGGCUUUGACCCAGUGUGGCUUUUCCUCGUGGUGGGGGGAGUGAUGUUCAUUCUGGGGUUCGCAGGGUGCAUCGGAGCACUUCGGGAAAACACCUUUCUUCUCAAGUUUUUUUCCGUGUUCCUGGGGAUUAUUUUCUUCCUGGAACUCACUGCUGGGGUGUUGGCAUUUGUUUUCAAAGACUGGAUCAAAGACCAGCUGUAUUUCUUUAUUAACAACAACAUCAGAGCCUACAGAGAUGACAUUGAUCUACAGAACCUCAUAGACUUCACCCAGGAAUAUUGGCAGUGCUGUGGGGCUUUUGGAGCUGAUGAUUGGAACCUAAAUAUUUACUUCAAUUGCACAGAUUCCAAUGCAAGCCGAGAGCGAUGCGGUGUGCCAUUCUCCUGCUGCACUAAAGACCCAGCGGAAGAUGUCAUCAACACUCAGUGUGGCUAUGAUGCCAGGCAGAAACCGGAAGUUGACCAACAGAUUGUAAUCUACACAAAAGGCUGUGUGCCCCAGUUUGAAAAGUGGCUACAGGACAAUUUAACCAUCGUGGCUGGUAUCUUCAUAGGCAUUGCAUUGCUACAGAUUUUUGGGAUAUGCCUGGCACAGAAUUUGGUGAGUGACAUUGAAGCUGUCAGGGCUAGCUGGUAGACCCCUGCAACCACCGCUGUCAGACACUGGACUGAUCCCCCCCACCCCCCUUGCUGACUGACCCUCUGUGCACCGGCCAGCCAAUGGAGGGCUGCAGAGACCUGGUCACAGGCCUGCAGUCUCCCCUGAUGGAGCUGCCAAGAACUUAACUUUCUGUGGGGGUAGAACUGGGAAAUGCUGCUCACAGACUGGAACCUUGAAAAAGAAAAAACGAAACGGUGUACAAGUCGCUGAGUCGACGCGCAGAGACUCUCUACUGUAGCCAUGGAUUGGUGGACGGAUGGACGCUACCAGAGGGGAGGAGGGGGAGGCUGGGCACUGCAUGUACUUGAAUUUAUGGAGAAUACAGAGCUGUCCACACCUUGGCUAAAACUCGGGCCCUUACCCCCCACAGGGCCAGGUGUCCUGAAAUCUCUCAGUGCACAUUUCCAGAAACUUGCAACCGUCCUCCAGAGAAGACAACAGCUGCCCCCUGUGUUCAGAUUCUGAGAGGGUUGAAUGGGUCAUGUCCCAGCGUAUGCUUUCCACCCUGAGUUUCCCCUCAAGAGAACUGGGUGUUUGCGGCAAACUAGGGUGGCAGAGGCUGGAAUCCGCAUUUCCACAGGAGUGGCCAACCCGAGCCAGAGCUUUAUCAGUGACAUCCAAGGAGAAAACGAGGUUAAUGAGAGAGACACUGGUUAAACACUCCCUCACCCCACCUCACCAGACUAGUGGUUGGGUUCUUCUGAUAUUCUGGAAUACUCUGGGCUGUGUUUUGUGUUUUAUUUCUUUUUUAUCAGUCAUUAUUUUGGUUCUUUUUUUUUGUCUCCCAAAGGCAAAGGCUAUGGCACAGUCCUCUGUAAUGGUUUCUUAUUCCGCUUAAAUAGUAAGUUUUUGUAGACCCUUCACCUGCAUGUACUGUGACCCCACCAAAUCCACCAUGUUCUUUUCAGAGAGACAUUUGAGAGUGUUCAUUGGUGUUUACGUCAUAGGUAUCCAGCCUUGGGUGGUUGUGGCAUGUUGUCCUAGGCUUGUCUUUGUGUGCCCCGCGGGCUCACUGUCUCUCCCGGCCUCCAGCUCAGCUUUCUGUCCAUUCCCCAUUCUCUUCAUUGAGUGCUAUAAAGCCCAGUUCCAAAGCAGGGUUGACACAGUCAAAAAGCAUUUAAUGAGGUUUUUCUCUUUUUUUUUUCCCCCUCCCUUUUUGCAACUUUAGUUUUGUCAUAUGUUAAAUAAAAAGCCUAGUAUAGUGCAUGGCCAGAGCUCUGUCCUCACUGAGGUGGCCUCAGGCUGGUAACAAAGCACAAAUAUUUAAGGGGCUAUACCGAAGCCCAGCCAGGGCUCUGUGACGCUAGGUGGGAAGCCACCUUCAGGUUCUUCUCCUGCCUCAUGCCCACUGGGAGGGUGGAAUUUGGCCCCAGAUUUUCACCCAGCUUGUGAUAACCCCUGGAUGUUGCUUUCAUGGGGAGCAGAUUUUGGUUUGUGGGUUGCUGGGAAGACCACAACCUCUGUGAUAGCAGCUCUUUAUCCGCCAGCCAGCCGGCAUCCUGAGUAAUGCAGCCCGGUUUUCAUGUCUGCAGUACGGGCACUGCCGUGACUGAUGGACAGUCUGCUCACAGGGAGGUCAGGCACUCUUCUAAAGUCUCAUCUCCACACUUUGGGUGUCUGUGCCUCUGCAUGUUUGUAUUUGGUAUCUGUUAUAGGUAGAGAUAGUCAUUCCAUACGUGGAUGUGAGGUCACGUGACUUCACCCCUGUCCAUACCACAGCUGUCACUUGUGAUGUCCUUCAACGUGGACACUCGUGCUCUCGGAUUGGCACUUCUGUCUUCUUUAUUACCUCAUUCUCCAGUGAACUGCAUCUGGCCAGUUGAUUCAGAAUCAGGCAAGAUCCCCACCCCAUGGCACACCCAGUGAAAGCCAAAACACAAGCCCAAGUGAGUUUUAAAUUUUAAUCACCCUUUAUUUUUUACACUCGAGAGUGAUUGUAAUAAAAGCUGUCAUUAAUAAACUCGGUUCUACCUUACAUGAGA